AAUGGGUUGUUGCACUUCUUAGUCUGUUAGUUAAAGAGAAUUGGUGUUACAUGAGACUUAUUUAAAUUUACAUCAUCUCUAUAGAACAGAAGAGGAUGAUGAAUAAACAUAGAGAGAUUGGAUUAUAGUGGAGGGUGGACGAUAUCAUGGUUAAAUUGAAGAUAAUAAAAUGCAUGGUUGGGGUAUUUUGGUUAUGGAUGAUGGCAGGAGAUAUGAGGGUUUCUUUGAGAAUAACCUUUUUCAUGGAUAAGGCAAAUUAUCAGCUGAAAACUAUCUAUAUAUUGGUAGCUUUUAAUAAGGGGAAUGUCAUGGUUAGGGUCAAUUAAAAACUAAUACAUCAAUUUAUGAAGGUAAAUGGGAGCAUAAUUUGUAAAAUGGUUGUGGUUCUGAACGAUUUGCUGAUGAAGCUGUAUACAAGGGUAAUUAUAAAGAUGGUAAGAGACAUGGAAAAGGUUAUAUUGAAUUUGUAGAUUCAUCUUAUUAUAGAGGAGACUUUUUUGAAGGAGAUAUUUAAGGAUAAGGUAUUUUUAAAUGGGCUGAUGGGAGUGAAUUUAGAGGAUAAUGGGUGAAGAAUCAAUUUGUUAAUGGAAUUAUGAAAUGGCCAGAUGGACGUAUAUAUGAAGGAUCAUAUGAAGAUGAAUUAAAAGAGGGAAUAGGAAGAUUUGUUUGGCCAGAUGGUAGAGUGUAUAAUGGAUAUUGGCAUUAAGGAAAAUAACAUGGUUAUGGAUUAUUUACUAAAGAUGGAAUUACUAAGAGAGGAGAAUGGAAUAUGGGGAAAAGAGUAAGAUGGAUUGGGGAGGAUGAAAAUAUUGAAGAAUUUUAGCAAUUAUAUAUAUAAAAAUAAUGA